CAGGACGAGAUCUAGUCUGCAGGAGUGGCGGUUCUUGAAGCAGCUCUGAUCCCCCAAAACAAACCAGGAGGGAGCACAGGCUGCAAAAGGGUUGCUUGCCAAGGAUCUCUCCAUUCUUGACUUCUCGCAUAAUGACUGAUCUGAUCAGCCUGCUGUGAUGGAAGGACUGGCACUGAGCUGCAUCGUGUACCUGUGAAGUGUCGUCUUACGAAGCUGCAUAACCCAUCACCUCCUCUUGGGCAUAUGCAUCUGUAAUUCUUCUCACCUCUCCAUAAGAGUCCCUUCUGCAUUCUGAUUUGUCAGUACCUCAGUCUAGCUCUUGACUUCCUCUUGCAAGUUGAAAGCGACCACCAAACUGAACCUGAAAUAACAGACUCGAAACCAAAGACUGGUAAGAAAGACAAAUGCCUCGCACAUACAACCUCAAGACGAUUCAGCAACCGAUUCUUUCAGAUACACCAAAUUAGUCACUGAAGAACCCUUCAUGCGAGAGACACGUUGGCUGCCCCAAGCUAUGCUAGGGCUCAGAGCAGUCUCAAACUAGAGACGUAUCUGACAUCUGUGUUUCACAGAGUUUCAGGCUCCCAGCUCUGAUAGGGGCUAACCUGAGAGGCUGAACAUCCAGGCAGCAAAGACUGUGUCCGUCUCCGAAGAGCUGAAGAAGUCAUUUUCUGACCUCGGGGUUCAGUUCAGUUGCAAGCUGUUGGUGUCCUGCCCCAGGGGAAACUGAUGCAUGCGUCGCCUUUGCUGUUCAUUUUAGAGUAAGAUGAAGGCGUUGCUGAGCCUGACUCUGGUGCUGACAUGGCUGGAGCGGUGCAGUGGGUUGGCUGGCUGGGUGUUCACGGAGCCUCAGCUUCGAGCCAGCGCUGGGGACUCUGUCCUGCUGCAGUGCCUCUUCCUAGACCCAGUGGCCAAGGGCUGGAUGAUGACCAAAGUGGACUGGCUGUGCAUGGCAGGAGCCGGCAUGCAGAAGGAGGAGAUGGUGUUUUAUUACUACAACAACCAUAGCAUCCCUGUGGGCCGUUUCCGGGACCGGGCACAGUGGCAAGGGGACCCUUCCCUCUGGGAUGGCUCUAUCCAGCUGCAGGAUGUACAGGUGAACGACAGUGGCACAUAUGUGUGUGAGAUCCGGCUGCUCCAGCACAGCAGCAUCUUCAAGAACCACACAGUGCUGCACGUCAGCCCCACAGGACAGAGAGCAGGACGAGGAGCGGCAGGCACCCAGGACUCUGCAGCCCCGGGAGACUCUGGGUUUUGGCCUGUGACUGUGGGCUGUGGCUGCGCGGCCGUUGUGCUGGCUUUCCUGGCCGGACUCAGCCUGAGGAAGAGGUCUGCAGCCAACACGGCUCUGGGGAGGACUGGAAACGGCAGCAGCAAGAGCAAAGCAGAGGAAGCGCUUUACUCCUCAAUUCCGGGAGCUGAGAUACCGAAGGCUGAACAGGAUGCAGGGAAGAAGAGGAGAGCUGAGGAGACCUACAUAACCAUGCACCCCUCUCACUUCCAGGAGAACAGCAUCUACGUGGAGCUGGCCAAGAGGGUGAUCCCGGCAGAAUGGAUGGCAGAAGGGAGACAGGGUGAUGGGCAAAGCGAGGAACACUAUGGCAGACCAGAGGCGGCACUUCCCUGGGCUCCAGAGGGGCAGAAAUAGCCGUGCUGAGGCAUGUAAGCCCCUUAGCCAGCAGGUCUGUGCAAGACAUCUUUGUUCCUUCGGGCAGGCCAGCGUUCUGCUACUGUCAGCCCUUCCUCUAAGAAGCAGUCCCACUUUACCACGUGCUCCGUGCCAGAGCCACUGCUUGGGCAUGUCCCACCCCAGUUGUUUGCUGGGGGACCAGGGGAGAGACAUCCCUCUGGUUCUUGCCUCCUGGUCUCUGGAGUGGGGCAAAGCGGGCACAGCCUCCACACUCUAGCUUUGAUCCUGGUCCGUGCUGCUCCAGGUCCCGAGAUAACGAUCUCCAUGGAGAGCCUGGCAGGCGGGGGGAGAUGCAGCGGGAGCUGUGCCAGUGGUAUCUUCUGAAGAUAAUAAAGCUCAGGGAGUCUUCCCUGUUCCUGGCUUC